UCUUUGUCAUAGCAGGAUACCGGCGUUUCUAUACACUUCUGUUCCACUUCUCUCCCACGAUUUGAGACGCUGUUGGAUUGUUAGUUAAUUUAUUUGCCAGCAAUAAGCAAGCAUUUGGAUGCAAGUAGAUUGAUCGAUAUCAAUUUCCAACCUCAAAAUUCCUAACGAAUGAUUGCAGAUAAUUAUGGUUUAUCAGUCGUUAACUCUUUUUGCAAGAUCCAGAGGGCCGGAUGAAUUCUGGCGGAAACGAAAGAUAUUCAAACUUUCUGCGCAUUAUAUAGGCCGUAGGAGGAAUUGCUACAGUAUCGCUAUUCGGAAUGUUCACAGAGCUCUUUUAUAUGUUACCCGAGGACGAAAAUUAUUGAAGGAGGAUAUGCGUAAUCUUUGGGAGACCAGAAUAGCAGCAGGCACCGAAGAGCACGGAUUAGGGUCUAGGACCUUACUUGAAGGACUGUAUAGACUGAAUAUUUUUUUAAAUCGAAAGGUCUUAGCCGACUUGGCGAUUUGGGAACCACGCACAUUUAGGGCAUUAACGAAACUUGCAUGGUUCAAAGCAAAAAGCGAUGGACUGAAUUCCAUAAAAGAUUUAGACACACCAACUGGAGUUGUAACAAGAGGGAUGCUUAAGUGAAUUCUGGUAUAUGUUAGGAUGUAUUAGACCUAAUAGCUUUAAAGCAGCUUAAUUUUCUAAGUCAAUAAAUGAAUAUCGAAUUUUA